AUGGGGAGCGACUUCAAGGUUAUUGUUAUUGGUGGCGGCCCAAUAGGGCUAAUCGUCGCCCAUGCGCUUCACCAUGCCGACAUUGAUUUUGUGGUUCUCGAGCGCAGACCUGCUAUUGUCGAAGAGAUAGGGGCCAGUCUUGUGGUAUAUCCGACUACCUUUAGAGUCAUGCAUCAACUUGGCAUUUUAGAGUCAUUGCUACCUCGCGGGGGAGAGCUUGAAACCCAUGUGUCGCUUACCAAAGAUGGACAUGUCUUUAACGAAAGCCCAAGAUAUAGAACAGUCCGAGAGAAUCAUGGACAUGGCCCUGUUGCUUUUGAUCGCUCGGAGGUGGUUGAAACAGUGUACAAUCUGUUGCCAGACAUCGCAAAAGAAAAGGUCUUGACAAACAAGCAGUUGAGUAAUAUCGAGACAAAGGGCGAUGGGGUCGAGGUGACCUGCGUCGACGGGAGUUUCUACCACGGAUCAAUAGUGAUAGGCGCAGACGGCGUUCACAGCAAAACCCGACAUUUGAUGCGCGACAUCGCCUUGAAAGAAGAUCCGCUACGGGACUGGGAUCCCGAAGAACCGUUCACGGCAAAGUUUCGCCUUUUAUUCGGGGCAUUUCCCACACCGUCACCGUCCGGUGAAGGAAACGAUACCCAGUCAUCGGGGAAGUCAGUCUCGUAUUUCAGUGGCCCGAAGCGUAGUUGGUUCUUCAUGAGCGAAAAACUGCCGAAGCCAACCAGCGAGCGAAAACAAUACACUGAGAAGGAUGUUAAUGCCCUCGGUGCCGAGUUUGCAGACUUUCCGCUGAACCGCACAGUCAAGGUCAAAGAUAUCUGGCCGAGCAUAUCGGCCGUAGGCAUGACGGACCUCCAGGAAGGAAUUGCAAAGCACUGGAGUCUAGGCAGGAUUGUGCUCGUGGGCGAUUCUUGUCAUAAGUUUACGGUUCAUAUGGGGCUUGGGUUCAACAACGGUGUUCAGGAUGUUGUGGUAUUGUGUAACCGUCUACGAGGUGCGGUUCAGAGUGCUUCCGAUAGAAACCCGAAUGCCGCUGCUCUUACGCAUGUGUUUGAUGACUAUGAGCGAGUGCGAAAGAGCUCGGACUGCUCGCUCGUUGGGGAUUUGUCGAACUCGGGGAUGGAGACUCGUAUGUACACUUGGUACAAUACCUUCUACAGGCUUCUCUCACGAUAUGUCAUUAUUCAUUCCUUUGUUGAGCGCUUGGCCCUUCGGUUUUCCUUUUCGCCUGGCCUUCAGAAAGCACAGGUUUUGGAUUAUAUUGAGGCAUCGGAGCCGAUGAAUGGGAAGUUGCCUUGGCUACAUCCGAUGAAGACUAAGAGACUGUGA